CAGUGGGUUGGUGUAAGAGGGUGGAGAGAGGCCCACUGGCAAACAGUACUGUACUUGCUCCGUGUUGCGCGGAUACGUCAUGCUGUCUGCCCGCCGCGGGGAGGGGGACAACACUGCAAUUUGCGGCGGCCACCAGACAAAACAACCAACAGAGUCCCUUUGCUGGCCAGCCUCACGACACCCUAG